AUGAGCCUUGGCCUAGCAGGCUCGAGCUCACCGACAGCGAAGCCAUGCAUAGCGACCCUGUUUCCACACCAAUAUCCCUGGACACCUACCCUCGAGCAAGAACUGAACCAGGAAGUAGCGCUGCAGAUGAAUCACCCACAUCCCGCGCAUGUACUCCAACAGGAUGUGGCGCGUAUCUUCCGUCACAUGAGUACAAGGAGUUCCAACGUCAAAGAUCAGUCAACAACCUCCGCCGACUAUCCAUAUCAACUACUGUUGAGCCCGAAACACAGGAAGAACAUGAACCAAGCCGCCAUCCGGAACAGCACGGGCGGUGUCCAGUGA